UUCCUUUACUCUACUUUAGCUGUUACUUUAGCCCUUACCAAGGGCUCAAAAACUGAUGGCCCACCCCCUCUCUGCUCCGGCCCAGCCCAAUGCGAAUCAGUUUCGACGCUCAAAUGAAAACCGCUCUAUCACUGUUACUACAUGUUGUCUUAAAACUCAGAUUAGAAACAGUCCUUAGAAGAGCGAUACAUUGGCAAUUAUCUUAAUCUGUGUAUGAGGUAAGACCUAAUGUUGUUUUGUUCGUUUUUUUUUUGUUUAGAUCUGCGCCCAACAGACAUGCCCACCAGUAUACCAUCAUCAGAAAGCACAGCGCCACCGACAGCUGUGACAUACGCAGGUUCCGUGAAGCUCACUAAAGAGGAAUGGAGUGAUGACCUGAAAAAUACUGGCAGUGCUGCGUUUAAGAGUCUUGCCGGGAAACUGGAAAAAUCGAUACGAGAUCUGUACUCGGGCGUUGACGAAGCGUCACUGGCAUUUUUGACGGUCAAGGUAACAGGCUUCAGACGUGGAAGCGUUGUAACCAUCUUCAAUUUAACGUUUACUCGUGACAUAGCAGAUGGUCUAGGGGACAAUGUCACAAGCAACCUCGCGGUUGCUGUGAAGAGUGGAAGCCUUGGAGGGUUGGCAGUUGAUCCAGCCUCUCUCAAUGUCACAAAAGUUGCGUGGAAUGGAAGCACCGGUGAACAACCGACGGCCGCGGCACGGAAGAGUGGUAAGUUGACAGAAUUUUAGGAUUUGCUGUGCAUUCCCUAAAACAGUUCAUUGGGUCACACUCUCUUGCCCGAGAAUAGCCAUCAUUCAUGUUAACGCUGGACAAGCUAGUUUCACCCGUAAGCCUCGCUUUCAACGUGAAAAUGUGAAAAUUUAUCAGAAACGAAAUCUUAA